GUUGACUUUGGAAGAAAGACUUUUGGAAUCCAAUUUGGUUUUAAAAGCCCUACCACCGUUCGUCGUAACAAACCCCUCCACUCCCGGCCGCGCCAUUUUCCCUUUUCCACCAACACCACACUGAAUUUUGAAACCCCCUUUUUCAGUCUCUGCGGAUUUUCCAUCAUUCCGACCGCCAUGAAAGACCACGAGGAUGGCGAAGAGCUUCACUCGGACACUAACAAGCGCAAGCUCGAAGAGAAUAUUCAAUUGGCUAAGCAAAAAGCUCAGGAAAUCGUUGCUAAGCUAGUUAGCAAUGCCGAGUCCAAACGCCCUCGUUUUGAGUACGAAUCCCCCGCUACCGCCCCUGCGCCACAAAACCCACCAUUAUCCUCCUCGACAUUUCCUGUUUCUUCUGGUGCUCAAGCAGGUCAAUAUCAUGGUUUUCAAACUACGAGUAAGAAAAUAAAUAUUCCAAAUAUUAAGGUUGGAUUGAUUAUUGGGAAAGGUGGAGAAACAAUCAAAUACCUUCAACUUCAAUCAGGGGCUAAAAUCCAGAUCACUAGAGAUUUUGAAGCUGAUCCACAGUCUUUGACUAGGGAUGUCGAAUUAAUGGGAACUUCAGAACAAGUUAGCAGGGCAGAACAGCUUAUCAAUGAAGUAAUUGCGGAGGCAGAUUCUGGGGGUUCUGCCUCAACCACAAAUCAGGCAAUGAACUCAAGUCAACCUGGAGUUGAGCAGUUUGUAAUGAAGAUUCCUAAUAAUAAGGUUGCACUUGUCAUUGGAAAGGGAGGUGAAACUAUAAAGAGUAUACAGAGCAAGUCAGCUGCUCGUGUUCAGAUUAUCCCGUUGCACCUCCCUCCUGGAGAUACAUCAACAGAGAGAAGUGUUUAUAUUAAUGGGCUGAAGGAGCAGAUUGAGUCAGCCAAAGAGCUGAUUAACGAAGUCAUAAGUGGGAAACGUUUGGUAUCUGAAACUACUAGCUAUGCGCAACCGACUUACCCGCCUGCCAACAAUUGGUCUCAAGCUGGACAACCUCCAUUGCAGCAGCAGCAGCCACCGCCUCAAUAUGGAUAUGCACCAGGAACCUAUCCCCCGCCUCCGGGGCCACCGUAUUAUAGCAACUAUCCAACUCAAGUAGGAAGCUGGGAUCAGGCGAAUCAAUCGACCAUUCAGCCAUCAGACCAAAGUACAGGAUAUAAUUACUAUGGCCAACAGUCUCAGGUCGGAUCAGCUCCUCCUCCAUAUCAUGACUAUAGCUAUGGUCAGCCAGCCUCAAGUGGUUAUGAUCAAAGCUACUCCCAACAAGCACCAAGUUAUGGCCAAAAUUUCUCAGGCCAGAUUCCACCGAGUUAUGAUCAGCAGAACAUGUACCUUAACUCAGGAGGUCCACCACCUGCUCUGCCACCAACAAAUGGAACCUCUGAAGGUAUAUAUCCCGGUGCAGCAUACCAAGUUUCCACUGGGUACUGGACUUACCCAACCGACCCGACCCAGUCGCUUCCUCAGGCAGCAAAUGACCAGUCUGGGUCUUAUCAAAUCGUUAGCGGGGGACAUGCACAGCCUCCUGUGUAUGGGCAGAGUGUGUACCCUUCUCCACCAGGCGUGUAUUCUCAGGGAGUAACCCCCUCGGCUCCGGUUCCUCCACAGACAGUGGCUCAAAACCAAUCACAACUACCAUCAGUUCGCAGAGUUGAAACAUCUGGAGAUGGAAAUUCGAACGGAGGGCAAAGCUCUGCAGAAACUGCCGAUUCAGGAAGUUGAUCAUGGAGCAGGUCGCGUGUAGUUAUAUCAAAGGCUAUUUUUGUUCGUCGUGCAUUUUUUAUAACUGAUAUAGAUAUAACAUAUUUUAAGAGUCAUUUUAGAACCUCUGUAAUGAAUUUCACUCAUUAAAUGCGAAUUUUACUAUCUUUCCUAUUCA